AUGUUGUUCAAGGUGUUAGUACUAUGCCUUGCUGUGGCGGUAAGCCGUGGAGAAUAUGAAAGCAUUAAACCAUCUAACGGAAAUUUGAACGUAUACUACUCGUAUACAAGAGAUAACAUACGUACUGUAGAGAGAUUCAAUGGAACGAUCCCGUCUAUAGAAGAAACUUCGUUAGCCAGCACCCGUAAUGUCACAACCAUCAUAAUCCAUGGUCAUGAAGGAACAGCUUUUACCAGUCUAAAUCCUACUGUUAAAGAUGCGAUGCUCACUGCUUUCGACACAAAUGUGAUUGUUGUGGACUGGUCCCAAUACUCUCUACAGAGUUAUUCGAAUGCUGUAAGUGCCGUCCCUAGUGUUGGUACUGCCGUGGCUGAACUUAUUAGUAAUCUCGUCGAAGCAAACAUUACCACUCUCAACGAUGUCCAUUUGGUCGGAUUUAAUCUUGGAGCGCACAUUGCUGGAUAUGCAGGAAGAACCCUGAACGGCCAAGUUGCAAGAAUCACAGGUCUGGACCCUUCACGUGAUCAAUGGGGACCAAACUCUCGACGCCUUUCUUCAAGGGACGCGCUGUACGUCGAAGUUAUUCACACUGAUGCUUACGGCCUGUUUCCGAGGGGUAUCGCAGAUGCCAUUGGCCAUGUAGACAUCUACCCCAACGGUGGGGAUGGUCAACCAGGAUGUGUUCUAUCAGGACCUUGUAGCCACAACCGUGCCUGGGAACUCUUUGCCGCAUCGUUGACAAACAGCCACCUCAGGGCUAACCAAUGUUCAAAUUUGUCAGAUAUGAGAUGGAACACAUGUAGGGGAUUCCUAAUACCUUUGGGAACGAAUGAUCUUUUUAAACUUGCAAAUGGAAUAUUCCGUAUAAACACCAGGAGGAAUUACCCUUUCUAG